UUAUUGAUCGGAGGUGUCAUACUGUACAUCGAUCAUUUUGCGAACAUUAGGAUUUGUAUAAGCGCCUUGAAAAGUGUCAUCACGAAACGUCGAGCGUUUCUUAAACGUCGGCAACCGCAGCGACGCUUUACCGUACACGAUGCUGCGUGCUGGGACCGGCGGUGCAGGGGUUGUAGCAGUGGCGCUCGUCUUAGGUGGUGGUGGUGACGUUUGGGUGUUUUGUGCAGCGGUGUCUGCAAGUGCAGCUUUGUGCUGGGAUUUACCGUUUACGAGUGGUGGCGAUCCCUCAUCAGCGCUGUACACACUGCUGUCCUCGGUAGUCGAACCACCGCUUGGCACUGAUGGACGACGCCUGUUGAUCAGAGCCUUUGCCGCUCGCUUCACCAACGGUUGUUUCUGUCGCUCAGCGGAUUUCUUGUUUUCCAUCGAUCGGUAUUGAUCCAUAAUUUUCUCUUCCAGCUUUUCUUUAUGACGUUGAAGAGCGUUGAGCUUAUCCUGUCGUCCAAGGUUCUUGCUCUCCUCUUCAUAAACACGAUUCACUUUGGUCAGAAGCUCAAUAGCGUUGUGAAGUUUGGCAAUUUCGAUCUCCUUGGCCUGGAUGCUCUUCGUCUGCUCUUCAACGGUCGUCAUCAGGUCUUCAACAGUGGCUCGUUGAGCCUGCUCGGCUAGUUUUAGUUUCCUCACUUCCGAUCCGAGACCAUCACAAUUCCUCGACAAGCAGUCGUUUUCUUUUCUGAUCUGAUCGAGUUCCCUUUUCAGAGCUCCUUGCUCGUUAUGAAGAUCGGCAUAGGCUCUCAGUUGGCGAUCUCGCUCGGUACGUUCAUGCUCGAGAGCCGUUCGCAUUUCAUCCAACUCACGCGAGUGGCUAACGGCGAUCGGCCGCUGUGAUUUCAGUUUUGACUUCAUGUCGACGUUUUCGAGACGAGCACGUUCGUAAUCCUGGGUGAGCAGAUCGUGCAGGUUCUGUAGACGAUCGUGAUCGCUCAGAAGAGCUUGAUGCAUGGCCGCCAACGAAUCCUAAACGAUACUCGAGCGGGAUCCAUUACAAUCCAAUUAGCGGCUACUGUAACCGUAAGAACUAACAGCGUCUUUUUUGGCAAUUAGCCGUGACUUCUCCGCCAAAUCGAUUUGCACUCGUAAUUGGGCGUUAUCCUCACGAAGAAGUUCUUCCGAGUUUCUGCUGAGCUCUUCGAUUCCACGUUUAGCCGAGGCGAUCUCACUAUUCUUAGCAGCAACUUCGACUUGAAGCUCUCGAACCUUCUCUUGAGCAAGGAACACCUGUUCUUUGAGGGAGACGUUCUCUUUGGACAGUUCGCGGACGCGAUCGUCACUUUCGUUGAGCGAGACGCUUUCACUUCUUCUGAAAUUCCGAAAGAUGAGAGCAAUACCUGCCCAACACCCAGCAGGGGUGAAGCCGUAGCGGAUCGGUGA